UGUUUAUACAUUCUCUGGCUGGUACAUAUUAAAAUCGGAAUCAUUUUGUUUGGAUAACGUGUAGUUCGUAUUGUGCGACUAAUUUGGAUAUUUAUAAUAGUGAAUCACGCAUUAACAGUGACUGAGCCAAAAAUAUUUUAACGAUCUCCGCGCCGUGAACCUUCUCUAUGAUAAACGUUCUCUGGUUCAACAACAACAAAAAGUACAAGGACAAAAUAUUAAUCUCGAUAUAGUCCCCGAGGUAUUGCCGUAUUUGAGGAAAAAGCUAGAUAGAAUAAUAUUUCGAUUGCUCAUCAGAAUAAAAUCAAUAGUGAUGAAUCAACCAAAUAAAUACGCUGCAACGAGUGCUACCCUGCAUCGUAAUAUAUUCGAAUUGAUCGAUCAAUUUUCGGAGGAGUUCAGGAACAUGAAUGGUCGAAUUAUCGAUAUAGGCUGCGGUCCUGGAAAUACCACAAGAGAUAUACUUGUCCCAUGUGUCGGCAGGGAGGCUGUUAUUGUUGGUGCUGAUAUAUCCCCAGAAAUGAUUGAGUAUGCAAAUCAGCAUUAUGCAGUUAGUGAUAAACUAUCAUUCCUUGAGUUAGAUAUGCAAACGUCUGAGCUACCAAAAAACUUGAUCGAACAAUUUGAUCAUGCAGUUUCGUUCUAUGCUCUCCACUGGUGUAAGAAUACACAGAAAGCAUUACAGAACAUCUACAAACUUCUUCGACCAGGGGGUAAAGCCAUUAUUUUAACCAUUUCCCAUCACUUGAACUACGAUAUGUAUCUGGAACAGGAAAAAGAUCCAAGAUUUGCACCAUACAUGCAGGGUUCAGAGAAGUGGACACCUCCUCACCAGGGUUGUGCAAAUGCUGACGAGAUGAUGAAGAAAGAUCUAAUUGCAGCCAAAUUCAAAGUAGAGUACUGUGUUAACAAAUGGAAUACAUUCACCUAUCCAAGUUUGGACACUCUAGUUGAUUUGGUGAUGUCUGUUAAUCCAUGUGUAAAUAAAAUGCCAAAUGAUGUCCAGAGAGAAUGCAGGGAAGAUAUGAAGGAGCGUCUCAAGACCAAGACUGUUUCCACCAAAGGAGGUUCCACUGUAGAUUGUCCCAUUUCGGUACUCAGAAUUGUAAUCCAAAAACCCGAGAAUUCAGAGGAAAUUAAUUAACAGACUUGUCUAAUUGUUGUCUAGAAAAGCAAGCUAAAUUUCGUGCAAAUUAAAUUUAUUGAAUGUUGAGUUAUUAAUCCAUAAAAUAAAAUAUGUGAAUGUUUUCUUGUUAAAGCAUGUGCUAGUCGCAUACCAUUUGUAAUUGUAUUGUAAGAAUAAAGAAUGUAUACUUA